UUUAUCAGCUUAGAUUUUUGAAUUAACAGUUAGUUUUUGCAAUUAUUUUUUUUUAGCCCGAAAAGAAUUCCACAGUUCUUGUAAAUUUCUUAAAAAAAUAUAUAUUAAAUAAAAAUAUAUAUUCAGGAAAUUAUUAUCCACUUUAUCGUAAUGGCAAAACCUGCAAGUGCUAUUGGUUCGGAAACCGAUUUAUUGGUUUGUCCCUACAACGAAUCCCAUUUAAUAUUGCGCAAACGUUUUCAAGUGCAUUUGAUACGCUGCCGUCGAUCUCAUCCCAACGCACCUAUGGUUGUUUGUCCAUUCAAUGUAACACAUCGUGUUAAUAAAGUGGAAUUGGAGUGGCAUGUUUCAACCUGUCCGGAUCGCCAAAAUUUUGAAAAUUUUCGCCAUCAAGAUGCUCCGAUCGUGGGAUUGAGUUCAACCAUUAAUCUUACAUUCUGUGGAAGUACUGCUGCGGGUAAUGCCACUUCUCUGUUUAAUAAUACCUAUAAUACGGUAGCCACUACUAACAAUAUUAAGGGUGGUGAAUAUAUUGAGUCUUCAGAAUCUUGGGAUGAUUUACCCGAACAUCCCAGCUAUAAUCCUAAUGAAUAUAUAGAGAAAGCGGAGGUACUACGUUUGCCUGUGGGUAUGACUCCAUCGGAACGUAAGGCUUUUCGGUUGGCCGAACGUAAACGUUUGCAAUCUUUGAUGAAAUGAAUUGCAAAUGCUGGGCAUCCACAAAAAUAUUUUUGUUUUAUAAAUGCAUACUUGAAUUAAUAUUAGUUUUAGAAAUCUGUGUUCAAUUUUAAGGAUUCUUUGAGUUAAUUUAAAUUUUAAUGAAAUGAUUUCAUUUUUCUUAAAUAAACAAUAUAAACAAAUA